UUUUUUAUGGUUGGAUCGUUUAAAACUUUUGAAUGUAACCAACGUAUAAUUUCAAAAAGAUGAAACGUUUAAAGAGCGAGUUAAUUAAUGCUACAAUUGAAUCAUAUUUAAAACGACGUCAUUAUCAGACUACCGACAUUUUCUGUAAAGGCAAUCAAAUACAUUGCCGAACAAGUGAUGAAAUGACUCUCAAUGCAACUGCUGCUUGUGCCACAUCCCAAGAUAAUUCAAUCAUUUUUAGUGCCAUUAGCAUUGAUGUUACAGCUGCAGAUCAAGCUUAUCAACGGUUAAAGAUGUGGGUAAAUAUAGUACUCGAUGAUAAAUUAAAAAUGGAAUUAAGAGGACUUUUAUACCCCGUAUUUUGUCACUUGUAUUUAGAGAUGCUACAUGCUGGUAACAAACAAGCAGCAAUUCAAUUUCUAAAGUCACAUCAGAAUGAAUUCAACAGCGAAACGGAGAAAGAUUUUUUAGAAGAAUUGUCCAGUGUAUUUUCAGUGCAAGAUAUUGAAUUAAGACCUUUAGUUAAUUCAUUUAGAACUAGAAAGUAUAAAGUGGAUAUGUCAGAUAUUGCUCACUUAUGUCUUCAACAAUUUCUCUCAAAACAUGGACACAUAAUAUUAAUGCAGAUAAUAAACACUCAUGUGACAAUAAUUAAGAAAGUGGAUGUGCCUGAAACAGACGCAGAAGGAUGUGAAGAAGUAAGCAUACGUUCUGAAGUAGGGAUUAAUGGAUAUUUAGAACAACCACCAGGUACUGGAGCUGAUCGUGAAAUGAGAGAAUUGCAAGAAGCUAUAAGAUUAAUUCGAAAUAAUGCUCAUCAACCUCUACGAAUAUUUGCAGUAAAUAAUGCUGUUGAAAAUGCAAGUAGUGGUGUAAUUCCACCAAAUAUGGACAAAUUAGCAGUAGGAUUUAGUACAACAGAAAUAAGGUUGUGGGGUAUAAAUGAAACAGUAUUAAUUAAGCCAAAGUAUGAAGAACCUUCCUUCACGUUUGCUUCUGAUAUUCCAUUUUUACAUAAAUUUUACGAUACGUCGGAUCGAACGACUGAAGGAGGGGCAGUGAUACUUAGAGGUCAUACAGAUAUUGUACAUGACUUAAGGUUUAUUCCAGAAUCGGAUAUUUUACUUUCUGUAUCUAGUGAUAAAGAUAUGAGGGCAUGGAGACUUAAUGAUUACACAUGUGCCGCAAUUUAUAGUGGUCACAAUUAUCCUAUAUGGUGCAUGGAUCUUAGUGUAUUUAAUCUAUAUGUAGCAACUGGUUCUCAUGAUAGAACUGCCAAAUUAUGGUCUUUAGAUAGGAUAUUUCCAUUACGCAUAUUUGCCGGUCACUUCUUAGAUAUAAAUUGUGUCAAAUUUCACCCAAAUGCUCGAUAUUUAGCAACUGGGUCUGCUGAUAAGACUGUGAGAUUAUGGGAUAAGGAUGACGGAAAUUUAUUAAGAGUAUAUAUCGGCGCACAGUCAACGAUUUAUAGUUUAGCUUUUAGUCCAGAUGGGAAAUAUUUGGCAGCUGCAGGCGAUGACAAGUCUAUUUCUAUUUGGGAUUUAGCAACUAAUGCAUUGUUGACUGAACUUAAAGGCCACGAAGAUACGGUUAUGAAUUUAGACUGGAGUUUUGAUGGUCAAUACAUUGCCAGUGGGAGUUUGGAUGGCACUAUUCGUUUAUGGCCUACACAUGAUUAUAUUAAAACUGUUAAUAGCAAUUCAUCAAACUUAGUACCUGAAACAGAAUCACCACAGAUAUUCUCAACUUACUGCUCGAGCAUACUCUCUUUACGUUAUUACAAUAAAAAUAACUCGCUCGUAUGCAUUGGAACAGUGGAUAAUUUGUAAUAUACAGAAAAAGAAUACGAUAUAUUUGUAAA